AUGCUUUCGUUCAGAACAGCAGGCUACAACGGCUACGGCGUCAGGUACUCGCCGUUUUUCGACAAUAAGCUAGCGGUGGCCACUGCUGCCAAUUAUGGUUUGGUUGGUAACGGAAAGCUCUUUAUUCUUUCCAUAGACGCUCAGGGCCAAGUUCAUAAUGAUAUUGGCUGGGAGACUCAGGACGGUCUUUUUGAUGUUUCCUGGAGUGAAAUCCAUGAAAACCAGCUUGCUACGGCUCUGGGGGACGGGCUGGUGAAGAUUUUCGACUUGAAAGUGCCCCAAUUCCCGGUGAUGAACUAUAAAGAGCACCAACGCGAGGUUUUUUCGGUGAAUUGGAACUUGGUGGAUAAAAACAACUUUGUCACGUCGUCCUGGGACGGAUCUAUAAAGGUGUGGACGCCUUCGAGACAGCAAUCGAUGAUUACGUUGAAUCCAAGGGUGGACCAGAGUGCCAAAGCAGCUAACCCUCAACCGGCACCACCAACGAGCCACAACCAGAGAGAAGGUAACUUUAAUACUUCCCAGUGUGUUUAUAACGCUACGUUUUCUCCCCACUCGCCCCUGACGAUUAUCAGUUGCACGGGGCUGUCGCAUGUUAAUAUUUGGGAUAUCAGGGCUCCACAGCCACUCCAGCUCGAUUUCAUUGCCCACGGCGGUCUUGAAGCGUUGUCGUGUGACUGGAAUAAAUACAAAUCGAACAUUGUGGCGUCGGCAGGUACAGAUAAGGCUGUGAGGGUUUGGGAUUUGAGAAUGAUAGCUAAACUCGAUAACCCAGUGCCAGGCCAGCCGCUGCCUGCUUACCAUAUACGAGGCCCUACGCCGCUUAAUGAGUUGUUGGGCCACGAGUUUGCCGUUAGGAAGGUUGUCUGGUCUCCUCAUCUGGGCCAGGAGCUCUUGACGACUUCUUAUGAUAUGACAUCACGAGUAUGGAUAGAUCAGCUGGAGGAUAGGGCACGUUUCUUGAACAACGGCGGCAGUGGAUGUAAGGGCAUAAUGCGCCAGCACAGAGAGUUUGUGGUUGGCUGUGACUAUAGUCUUUGGGGAGAACCAGGCUGGUGUGCCACGACGGGCUGGGACGAGAUGGUGCAUAUUUGGGACACGAAAAGGGUGCCUCCAAGGUAG